UCUGAGGUCUCUAAGUAAGCUUAAUUUGAGAAAAAUGAAAGUCAUUUCAACCAAGAAGUUUAUUCUAUUUGCUUUAGCUACAGUGGUCUUUCUAACAUCGAAUAGUAUGUGCCUAGAUGAACUGAUGAAGUCCAGUCUGCAGAGCAGAGAAGACGAUGAUGAUAAAUAUUAUGAGAUUAAAGAUAAUAUCUUGGAAGAAAAGCAGAGGAGUCUCAAUUUUGAAGAAAUGAAAGACUGGGGAUCAAAAAAUAUCAUUAAAAUGAACCCUCCUACAGUAAACAAGAUGCCAAAUUCAGUUGCUAAUUUACCUCUUAGGUUUGGAAGAAAUUAUCCAGAAGAAAGAAGCAUUAAACCAAUUGCUAAUUUGCCUCUGAGAUUUGGGAGAGCUUUUGGAGACAACAUACCUAGGCGUGCUCCAAAGGUAUCACACAGGCUUGCGAGAUCUCCACUUGUUAAAAGUUCCAGUCAGUCACUUCUAAAUUUGCCACAGAGAUUUGGGAAGUCACUGUCCAUCAGUCUGUCUCAAGAUGUUCAGGAAUCUGAAUCAGGGAUAUGAAUUUCAACAGUUAUGUUAAUACUGGAAUGAAAUCAUGAAGACAGAAACUGGAAGACUUCGAAAAGCUGCAAUGUAUUUUCAAAACUAAAGGUCAUGAAAAGGAAACAUAUGAGAACUGACAUGCAAACUUGCCUUCAUGUUAUGAAUAACGUAUUUAGUCUGUACAAACCCUUGACGUAUAAGGCAAUGAUAAUAGUUGUGAUUGUAGUAGUAGUUUACUUCGGUGGCAGUGCAGUAUAAAUUCUAUUUACUUCUGUGCUACUUAUGUCCUGUUGGAUGUUAAACCUGAUUUCAGAACAAUGGCUGUAUAAUUGAAAGCAGCUUAAGCACAAUUAAAAGCAGCAUAGUAUGAAUAAAGAAGCAUAGUACAAAUAAAAAAAGCCUAUGAUGUGAAUAACAAACAGAAGCAGGAUCAAAACCACCAGUACCGUUUUUGUCAUAUGCAGAAAAAGAAAAUCAAGU